AUGCAUUCCAGUAACCCCAAAGUGAGGAACUCUCCAUCAGGAAACACACAGAGUAGCCCUAAGUCAAAGCAGGAGGUGAUGGUCCGUCCCCCUACAGUGAUGUCCCCAUCUGGAAACCCCCAGCUGGAUUCCAAAUUCUCCAAUCAGGGUAAACAGGGGGGCUCAGCCAGCCAAUCCCAGCCAUCCCCCUGUGACUCCAAGAGUGGGGGCCAUACCCCUAAAGCACCCCCUGGCCCAGGUGGGAGCAUGGGGCUGAAGAAUGGGGCUGGAAAUGGUGCCAAGGGCAAGGGGAAAAGGGAGCGAAGUAUUUCCGCCGACUCCUUUGAUCAGAGAGAUCCUGGGACUCCAAACGAUGACUCUGACAUUAAAGAAUGUAAUUCUGCUGACCACAUAAAGUCCCAGGAUUCCCAGCACACGCCACACUCGAUGACCCCGUCAAAUGCUACGGCCCCCAGGUCUUCCACCCCCUCCCAUGGCCAGACUACUGCCCCAGAGCCCACACCUGCUCAGAAGACUCCCGCCAAAGUGGUGUAUGUGUUUUCUACUGAGAUGGCCAAUAAAGCUGCGGAAGCUGUGUUGAAGGGCCAGGUUGAAACUAUCGUCACUUUCCACAUCCAGAACAUCUCUAACAGCAAGACAGAGCGAAGCACAGCCCCUCUGAACACACAGAUAUCUGCCCUUCGGAAUGAUCCGAAACCCCUCCCACCACAGCCCCCAGCUCCGGCCAGCCAGGACCAGAAUUCUUCCCAGAAUACCAGGCUGCAGCCGACCCCGCCCACUCCGGCACCAGCACCCAAGCCUGCUGCACCCCCGCGUCCUCUGGACCGGGACAGUCCUGGUGUAGAAAACAAACUGAUCCCUCCUGGGGGCAGCCCCGCCAGCUCCACGCCACUGCCCCCAGAUGGUACCGGGCCGAACUCGACACCCAAUAACCGAGCGGUGACCCCUGUCUCCCAGGGGAGCAGUAGCUCUUCAGCAGAUCCCAAAGCCGCCCCACCUCCACCAGCGUCCAGUGGCGAGCCCCCCGCGCUGGGAGAGAACCCCGAUGGCCUGUCUCAGGAGCAGCUGGAGCACCGGGAGCGCUCCUUACAAACGCUCCGAGAUAUCCAACGGAUGCUUUUCCCCGACGAGAAAGAAUUCACAGGAGGACAAAGUGGGGGACCCCAGCAGAACACUGGGGUAUUAGAUGGACCUCAGAAAAAACCAGAAGGGCCGAUACAGGCCAUGAUGGCUCAAUCCCAAAGCCUAGGGAAGGGACCUGGGCCCCGGACAGAUGUGGGAGCUCCAUUUGGCCCUCAAGGACAUAGAGAUGUGCCCUUUUCUCCGGAUGAAAUGGUUCCACCUUCCAUGAACUCCCAGUCUGGGCCCAUGGGACCUGACCACCUGGACCACAUGACCCCCGAGCAGAUAGCUUGGCUGAAGCUGCAGCAGGAGUUUUACGAGGAGAAAAGGAGGAAGCAGGAGCACGCUGUCGUGCAGCAGUGCUCCCUCCAGGACAUGAUGGUCCAUCAGCAUGGGCCUCGGGGCGUGGGCCGAGGGCCUCCCCCUCCAUACCAGAUGGCCCCCGGUGAAGGCUGGGGGCCGGGGGGCGCAGAGCCCUUUGCUGAUGGGAUCAGCAUGCCUCAUUCUCUGCCCCCGAGGGGCAUGGCUCCCCACCCCAACAUGGCAGGGAGCCAGAUGCGCCUCCCUGGGUUUGCGGGAAUGAUCAACUCUGAAAUGGAGGGACCGAACGUCCCCAACCCAGCAUCGAGACCGGGUCUUUCUGGAGUCAGUUGGCCAGACGAUGUGCCAAAAAUCGCAGACGGUCGAAACUUCCCGCCUGGCCAGGGUGUCUUCAGUGGUCCUGGCCGAGGGGAACGCUUCCCAAACCCCCAAGGAUUGUCCGAAGAGAUGUUUCAACAGCAGCUGGCAGAGAAGCAGCUGGGCCUCCCCCCGGGGAUGAGCAUGGAAAGCAUCAGGCCCAGCAUGGAGAUGAACAGGCUGAUCCCCGGCUCCCAGCGACACAUGGAGCCUGGGAGCAGUCCCAUUUUCCCUCGAAUACCCGUCGAGGGCCCUCUGAGUCCCUCUCGGGGCGACUUUCCGAAAGGAAUGCCCCCGCAGAUGGGCCCUGGUCGGGAACUGGAGUUUGGGAUGGUUCCCGGUGGGAUGAAGGGAGAUGUCAGUCUGAACGUCAACAUGGGAUCCAACCCUCAGAUGAUACCUCAGAAGAUGAGAGAGGCUGGGACGGGCCCUGAGGAGAUGAUGAAGUUACGCCCGGGUGGCACAGACGUGCUGUCUGCUCAGCAGAAGAUGGUGCCCCUGCCGUUUGGGGAGCACCCCCAGCAAGAGUACGGCAUGGGCCCCAGGCCGUUUCUCCCCAUGUCUCAGGGUCCAGGCAGCAACAGUGGCUUGCGGAGUCUCAGAGAACCAGUCGGGCCCGACCAAAGGACUAACAGCCGGCUCAGUCAUAUGCCAGCACUACCUCUCAACCCUUCCAGUAACCCCACUAGCCUCAACACCGCUCCUCCAGUGCAGCGUGGCCUGGGGCGGAAGCCCUUGGAUAUAUCUGCGGCAGGCAGCCAGGGGCACUCCCCAGGCAUCAACCCUCUGAAGUCUCCCACGGUGUGCCAAGUCCAGUCACCAAUGCUGGGCUCACCCUCGGGGAACCUCAAGUCCCCCCAGACUCCAUCGCAGCUGGCAGGCAUGCUGGCGGGCCCGGCUGCUGCUGCGUCCAUUAAGUCCCCCCCCGUCUUGGGGUCUGCUGCUGCUUCGCCUGUUCACCUCAAGUCUCCAUCACUUCCUGCCCCGUCACCUGGAUGGACCUCCUCUCCAAAACCUCCCCUCCAGAGUCCCGGGAUCCCUCCAAACCAUAAAGCACCCCUCACCAUGGCCUCCCCAGCCAUGCUGGGCAAUGUAGAGUCAGGUGGCCCCCCACCUCCUACAGCCAGCCAGUCUGCCUCUGUGAAUAUCCCUGGAAGUCUUCCCUCUAGUACACCUUACACCAUGCCUCCCGAGCCAACCCUUUCCCAGAACCCACUGUCUAUUAUGAUGUCUCGAAUGUCCAAGUUCGCAAUGCCCAGUUCUACCCCUUUAUACCACGACGCCAUCAAGACUGUGGCCAGCUCCGAUGACGACUCCCCUCCAGCUCGCUCUCCCAACUUGCCAUCAAUGAAUAAUAUGCCAGGGAUGGGCAUUAAUACACAGAAUCCUCGAAUUUCAGGUCCAAACCCCGUGGUUCCGAUGCCAACCCUCAGCCCAAUGGGAAUGACCCAGCCGCUCUCUCACUCCAAUCAGAUGCCCUCUCCGAAUGCCAUGGGACCCAACAUACCUCCUCAUGGGGUCCCGAUGGGGCCUGGCUUGAUGUCACACAAUCCUAUCAUGGGGCAUGGGUCCCAGGAGCCUCCGAUGGUACCUCAAGGACGGAUGGGUUUCCCCCAGGGCUUCCCGCCAGUACAGUCUCCUCCACAGCAGGCUCCGUUCCCUCACAACGGCCCCAGUGGGGGGCAGGGCAGCUUCCCAGGAGCUAUGGGUUUCCCAGGAGAAGGCCCCCUUGGCCGCCCCAGCACCCUGCCCCAGAGUUCAGCAGAUGCAGCACUUUGCAAGCCUGGAGGCCCCGGGGGUCCCGACUCCUUCGCCGUCCUGGGGAACAGCAUGCCUUCGGUGUUUACAGACCCAGACCUGCAGGAGGUCAUCCGACCUGGAGCCACCGGAAUCCCGGAGUUUGAUCUGUCUCGCAUUAUUCCAUCUGAGAAGCCUAGCCAGACACUGCAAUAUUUCCCUCGAGGGGAAGUCCCAGGCCGUAAACAGCCCCAGGGGCCUGGGCCUGGGUUUUCGCACAUGCAGGGGAUGAUGGGCGAACAGGCCCCCAGAAUGGGACUAGCAUUACCUGGCAUGGGAGGGCCAGGGCCAGUGGGAACUCCGGACAUCCCUCUUGGCACGGCUCCAUCCAUGCCAGGCCACAACCCAAUGAGACCACCAGCCUUUCUCCAGCAAGGCAUGAUGGGACCUCACCAUCGGAUGAUGUCACCAGCACAAUCUACAAUGCCCGGCCAGCCUACCCUGAUGAGCAAUCCGGCUGCCGCUGUGGGCAUGAUUCCCGGCAAGGAUCGGGGGCCUGCUGGGCUCUACACCCACCCUGGGCCCGUGGGCUCCCCAGGCAUGAUGAUGUCCAUGCAGGGCAUGAUGGGACCCCAACAGAACAUCAUGAUCCCCCCACAGAUGAGGCCCCGGGGCAUGGCCGCUGACGUGGGCAUGGGUGGAUUCAGCCAAGGACCUAGCAACCCAGGAAACAUGAUGUUUUAA